AUGCCCUGCACGUGGGAUAACAGCCCUGAGUACGUGGGGCCAAUACCACGUGAAAUUGGGUCUCCACAUAGGACAGGGGUCAAGGCUACAAAGGCGUUCAGUCCAGACCCCAGUGAAGUUGGGUCUCCUGGGGAAGAACACGGGGAGCUAGAGGCGGGAGUCACUGCAGGAGGAGAGGUCCGCUUCCGAACUACGAACUACGCUUCCCAGGAGGCUGCUCGCUGUACCGUGAAGCACUUCCGGCAGAAUCCCCUCCUCUUUCUGACUCCCCUGUUGGCCCAGAGGUCCUUCUUCAACGUGCUGUCUCCCCCGCCUCGCCUUCAAGUCAGCCCAGGCUCUGAGAUGGGCCCCGCGGCAUUGCUCCGGGUUUCGGCGGACCACUGUGAGUCGGCCGGCCAGGCGGGGUUCUGCCUGGCGAAGGGACCGGGCGAGAGGAGGGUGACCGCCUACCUUCUCCCGCUCUCGGACCUCAGGCACCCGGCUGGUGUCAGCAUUAUCCGAUGCCGAGGCUGUCCCUCAGGAAGUGCAGUAGCUUCGGGCUGCGUACUGGGACCAGUGAAAUUCGAGGAUGUGGCUGUGAUUUUCACUGAGGCAGAGUGGAAGAAACACCUGGAGCAGAGGAACCUGUAUAAAGAAGUGAUGCUGGAGAAUUUCAGGAAUCUAGUUGGACUGAAAUCAAAUCCAGAAGUCCAUCCCUGGCCCUCCUGCCCUCUGGCCUUUGACGAGCAGCAAUUUCUUAGUCAACAUGAGCUGCGCAGUCGUCCUAUUCCAGAUUUGCACUCAGUAAAUCCACUCCGACCAGGAGAUUCUUGCCCAGAGUAUCAGCAGCGGCAGCAACAGCAUUCUGAUGAAAACAACCGGGGGGCCGAAGCAGACAAUCAAGCAAGGGGAGAUUCUAAAUCCUUAUCUGGGAGUAUAACUGAGAGGGGGACUCCCCUAGUUCACCCCAGCUCCCAGACAGGCAAUUGAGUGUUGAAGGUACAACUCAGGCCAGCCCCUAGGACAUGCUCUGGGAAAGCACACAAGGUUCUUGAGAGGGUAGAAGCCUGAGGAUUUGGAGCAGUGGAGUUUGGAGAGCGUGGACUAGAUUUCAGCCGGAAGACAAACUUACUCAGACACAAGGCAGUCACAGGGGAAACACGCGUGUGCAGGGAGUGUGGGCGAGGCUUCGGUGGGAAGUCACAUUUCAUCAGACAUGAGAGGACACACACAGGGGAAAAGCCUCAUGGGUGCGGGGAGUGUGGGCAAGCUUUUAGCUGCAAGUCACACGUCAUCAGACACCAGAGAACACACACAAGGGAGAACCCUUAUGUGUGCAGGAACUGUGGCUGUGGCUUUAGGGUGAAAUCAUACCUCAUCACCCACCAGAAGACGCAUUCUGGGGAGGAGCCUUGUGUAAGAUUACCAGCCAUGCCCACCACCAGUCUGAUAAUACCAGGUUUCGAGGCUUUCAAGCACAGCCCCUCAGAAACACCCCCAUCCCCCAAUCUCAGUGCCCAGCCUUUUAGCCACCCACCCACAUCCGUCCUCACUAUGCUGCUAAAGCCACUCUCACCUGUCUUACAUCCCCAGGGCCCAGAUGGCCCAGAUUCCUGA